UGUGUGUGUGUGAGAGAGAUAUAUAGAGAGAGAGAGAGAGAGAGAGGGCUCAGCACUCUGGUCGACGCAGCAUGGAAGCUGAAGCGGAGUGAGGUGGACAUCCGUUGCGAGGAACACAGAUUCCUGCUCGUACCUGGUGGCUGACCUGAACCCCGCAGAAAUACGCACCAGAGGAAGACUGACGAUCUGUUCGGGACAAAUACAUUCAAACACAAGGAAGAGGAAAACCAAAUCAGCCAGACAAGAUGAAUCCAAUGGCUCAGUUGUAUUAUAAGAAAGUGAGCUACUCUCCGUACCGAGACAGAAUCCCACUGCAGAUUGUUCGGGCUGAGUUGGAGCUCUCUGCUGAGGAGAGGGCCUACCUCACCGCUGUGGAGAAAGGGGACUAUGCAGGUGUGAAACAUGCUCUGCGUGAGGCGGAGGUAUACUACAAUAUAGAUGUGAACUGUCUGGACCCUCUGGGGCGGAGCGCGCUGCUCAUCGCUAUCGAGAACGAGAACCUGGAGGUGAUGGAGCUGCUUCUGGACCACGGGGUUGCCACGGGAGACGCCCUGCUCUACGCCAUACGGAAAGAGGUGGUGGGGGCCGUGGAGUUGCUGCUGUCUCAUAGGAGACCUAGUGGAGAGAAACAGGUCCCCUCUCUGAUGAUGGACAGUCAGUUCUCAGAGUUUACUCCAGACAUAACUCCAGUCAUCCUGGCAGCGCACACCAACAACUAUGAGAUCAUUAAACUACUGGUACAGAGGAAAGUGGCCAUCCCCAGACCUCACCAGAUACGAUGUGACUGUGUCCAGUGUGUUUCUAGUUCUGAGGUGGACAGCCUACGUCACUCCAGGUCUCGUCUGAACGUCUAUAAGGCGCUGGCCUCUCCCUCGCUCAUCUCUCUCUCCAGUGAAGACCCCAUCCUCACGGCCUUUAGACUGGGCUGGGAACUCAAAGAGCUCAGCAAGGUGGAGAAUGAGUUUCGUCAGGAGUAUGAGGAGCUGUCUCAGCAGUGUAAGCUGUUUGCUAAAGACCUGUUGGACCAGGCUAGGAGCAGCAGAGAACUGGAGACUAUACUGAACCACAGAGAUGACAGUGAAGAACUGGACUCCAGAGAGACCAGCCACGACCUGGCCAAACUCAAACUGGCCAUCAAGUACCAACACAAAGAGUUUGUAGCCCAGCCUAACUGCCAGCAGCUCCUAGCUACUCUGUGGUACGAUGGGUUCCCCGGCUGGAGGAGGAGACACUGGGCUGUCAAACUAGUGACCUGUUUCAUCAUAGGACUGCUCUUCCCUGUCUUCUCAAUGAUCUACCUCCUAGCCCCCAAGUCUUCCCUGGGUGUGUUUGUGAAGAAACCCUUCAUCAAGUUUAUCUGUCACACAGCCUCCUAUCUGAACUUCCUCUUCCUCCUCCUCCUCGCCUCCCAACACAUCGCCAGGACCAAGCUACACAUGCAGGGUCCUCCGCCUACUGUUGUGGAAUGGAUGAUACUACCGUGGGUACUGGGUUUUAUCUGGGCUGAGAUUAAGGAGAUGUGGGAUGGAGGUUUUACAGAGUAUAUACAUGACUGGUGGAACCUGAUGGAUUUUGCUAUGAACUCCCUCUACCUGGCUACUAUAUCACUGAAGAUAGUGGCUUACGUUAAGUACAACUCCUCCCGUCCUAGAGAAGAGUGGGAGAUGUGGCACCCUACCCUGAUAGCAGAAGCAUUGUUUGCUAUAGCUAAUAUCUUCAGUUCUCUACGACUCAUCUCCCUGUUCACAGCCAACUCCCACCUGGGACCUCUACAGAUCUCACUGGGAAGGAUGCUGCUGGACAUACUGAAGUUCCUCUUCAUCUACUGUCUGGUACUGCUGGCGUUCGCCAACGGUCUGAAUCAGCUGUACUUCUACUACGAGACCAACGCCUCAGAUGAACCCAACAACUGCAAGGGCAUUCGCUGUGAGAAACAGAAUAACGCUUUCUCAACGUUGUUUGAGACUCUCCAGUCUCUGUUCUGGUCCAUCUUUGGCCUGUUAAACCUGUACGUGACUAACGUUAAAGCUCGUCAUGAGUUCACUGAGUUUGUGGGAGCCACCAUGUUCGGAACCUACAACGUCAUCUCUCUGGUGGUUCUGCUCAACAUGUUGAUCGCCAUGAUGAACAACUCCUACCAACUCAUCGCUGACCAUGCAGAUAUAGAGUGGAAGUUUGCCCGGACCAAGUUAUGGAUGAGUUAUUUUGACGAGGGGGGUACUCUGCCCCCUCCCUUCAACAUCGUUCCCAGUCCUAAGUCAGUGUGGUACCUCUGUCUGUGGGUUCACCAUCGACUCUGUAGGAGAGGAGCGCCCCCUGCUGACGACACAGACAAACACCACGACCUACAAGAGUUCACGGAGCGUCAUGCAGACAGCCUGAUACAGAAUCAACAUUAUCAGGAAGUGAUCCGUAGCCUGGUGAAGAGGUACGUGGCGGCCAUGAUACGCAGCGCCAAGACGGACGAGGGAUUGACCGAGGAGAACUUUAAGGAGUUAAAGCAGGACAUCUCCAGUUUCCGUUAUGAGGUGUUAGAUCUCCUUGGUAACCGCCGGCCCCCCAGAUGCCACUUCUCUUCCAGCAGUGAAACCACACUUAGAAAUGAGGGAGGAAUCAGCGACGAAGGAGGGCCUGACCCUGACCUUGACCCCUCCCUAGCGUCGCAGGAGGGGAGUGGAGCCAAGAGGUCAAAGGGCGUGACAUUUCUGACCCCGACAGGAAGCAUGGAGAAGAAGAAGAAGCCUAAAUAUGGCGUCUCCGCUCUGGUCCGGAGUAUUUCAGGAAUGGAAGUGGUAUCCAUGAAGAGGGAGGAAGAGGAGCAGGAAGGAUGGGGGGAGGAGGAAGGGAAGGAGGGAUGGGAGGAGGAAGAAGAUGAGGAAGAGGGUAAACCAAAGAGCAACGGGGUGAGGAGAGAAGCCAUUCCGUCCUCUUCUUUUAUCUUCCCUUCUUCCUCCACCUCCGUCUCCUUAUCCUUUGCUCGCACUCGAAGUCGUCUCCAGCAGUUGUCGUCGGCGACGUCCAAUAAGACAACAGACUCCUUUAAGCGCCUCGGCUUACUGUUCUCACGCAAAGCCCCGCCCCUUCCCCUCUCCCUCGGCCAAUCUCCUCCUUCCUACACCAUCUCUGACGGCUUGCUCCGCCCCCUGAGAGGUCGCGGGUCAUAUGACCUUGGUUCGGUGGGUCAUGUGACCCACAGCGAGAUGCACCUGAACCAGGUCGGACAUACUAACCCGGUCGGAGCCCCUCCUGCUUCCUCUGGACGAGCCAAUGGCAGGGACUCUCUGCUAACCUUGCCCCUCCCACCUCCCUGUCCCUGCCAAUCCCUACACUGUGCUUCCAAUAUGGCCGACUCGAGCUCCCACCUCCUGGACUCCAGCGAGAGCGUCUUCGAGGGAGGAGGAGGAGGAGGAGGGGGGGGCCGGGUUUUGGGAGAGGGGUGGGUGGGGCCUUGUGAUGUCAUAGAGAACUCCGGUGGCAUCGAAGACUCUGUCACUACACAACUGUAG